GGGGGGGGGGGGGGUGCAAUACUUCUGCUCACCUAGUGUAAAUUCACUAAUCCUUACGGCAACAUUGAAGUAUGUCCAGGCCUCUGAACGGUAUGAAUGAUGCAGGAACAAAAAUCUUUAAAUCUCCAAUUGUGUUUUAAUACUGUGAUUUACGUAUUUGUCUAAUGUUAGGAGGUUAUCAUGAUAUAUUGCUUCUCCAGGCCGAAAUUUCCUACAACUCGCGCGCGAAAGCGCGCGAGUGAAGGGCUUAUAGUCUGCCCCGCGUAUAAGUAGCAUAUGGAAGCUUCAGUUCAUGUUGUCAGCACUUUGUCAGCAGAUUUUGUCACAUUUUUGCUGCCAUGACAACUGUCAAUCAAUUUCAUUGUCAAUCAAUCGGCUUUGUCGAGGUGGUCGUUAAAGGUAAUGUGUCCAGCUAUAGCAAGCGACUCUGCGGGGUUUUUAGAAACAUGUGAUUUUUCAUGUCAUCGCCCCAGUCAUUACGGUCGUUCUGUUUAUUUAUCCUGCUGGGAGGUUAGCUUUUCAUGUGAGCAGUUUUGCAUCGCAAGAAUACUAACCAAUCGCAAACUGUUAUUUUGAUGGGUGGCUUGACAAGUUGGGUAUACGCAGUCCUUUUAUAUGGACACAUUACCUUUAACCGCCACCUCUUUGUGCGGAAGGCAAUUAUCUUCGGAGCGUUGCUCUGCCAAGACUCUGCUAAAGGCCUUCAGUUUUUUUUUGGAAGGAAAACGGUGCCUCAGCUUGCUCUUAAUUUGUUUUGGGAAGUUUUGGGAAUCAAAACCAGUCGAAUGCCACACCUUUCUCCCAAAAACUCGAGACCGUACAAGCAAAAGUUAUGAUUGUCAUGAUUAUCGCCUGUAUAUCGCUGUACGAAUCCUUUAUCGCAAUCGAUUUUAGCUGUACCCGUUCUAUCACCUGUCCAUUUUCUUACGUCUUUGUUUACUUCACGAAAACGAAAAAUUAAUGUCAAACCCUCGAAAAACUUCAUGAUCUUCAAAAGGGCGUUGGACUUAAAUCAAAAGCAAACUGAACACCAAAAAUUCUUGAUAAAAAGAAUAGUUUAGCAUCAACUAGAGCAGCUGUUUUUAAUAAAAUUGCGAAAACCCAAGAUGGUGUCUUCUUCGAAUGUCUUCUUCAAAUUAAAAUUUCAAAAAAAUCAUUAUCAAGGAACUAAUUGUUUGCGGGCAGUACUAGCAAGAGCUAUUUCUAGUUGCAAUGUAGUAUAAUAGUUUCCGUGCGGUAAAGUUUCAGGUGAUUCUGUUUGUAAGCUUCUUAUCGAUUAAAAAAAAGACUUUUCAGUAUACUCUCGAUUGAAAAAGCAUAAAACUCUCCUUGCAUUUUCACUUUAACUUUAAUCGACAGCAACUUGAGCAAAUUAUUACAUCCAGUUUGAGGUAGAGAAUUUUGGCAACCUCCCUUGGAGGGAAUUUAGAAACCUCCUUUGCUUGUCAACGGCCAUCUUUGUUUUUUAAAAGCAGCAGAGGAGAACAGAUUGUACUCCAGAGUGAGUGGAAGUUAUCAAUUUCUUAGAUGGUUUAAACUUUGAAUCAUUUGAUUUCUUAUCCGAAAUUUGGUAGCGAUGUAAUUUUCGAUUUUAGACCUCUUGACACUUGACUUCGAGUCAAAGACCUCUUGACAAGUCUUGAUAAUACUAGCUUUUGUCGUAAACUGACCGAAUAUUUUGUUCUUAAAAAUAGAGAGAAGCAUGUUUUACAUAAAAAAUAAUUACAUCAUGUUAAAAGUAUCGUUGAUCCGAUUGGAAUUGCUGGUUCUGAAGUGUUUAGGGCCUCAACUUUCUGUUGCAUUCCCCACAUGGGGAACCAUGUGGUGCUCAUUCUGAAGGGUUUUGCAAUAUAAUUUUUUGAACGAUUUUUCGUUAUUGAGCGUGACAGUGUUGUCAAAUUAACGUCAUUUUUGUGGAAUUUCAAAUAUUUUUUGGAAAAGUAACUUUAAUUCAGACUGUUAUGUCACCUUUUUGGUUUAGUGGAAAAAUACAUCAAAAUUAAAUGGCUCGAUCCCACAUAAAAGUUUAGUUGAAUAUUGUUUUGCUAAACAAUUGUUUGUAUUUUGGAGGAUUUAAAAGGCCAAUAUCUGCAAGAAGGCUAAUAACUCAAAUUUUCUUGGACGUAGGUUUUUGCUGUAUGUUAAAGAUUUGAUUCCAAUUUGCAGUAGUUUCAAAGAAUGUUGUUGUUUUGCAUUAUUCAUUGUGUUUAAACCACACUAAAUAGACUCUAUUGUAUUUGUAGACAUAGAAUGAAUCUCAAUUGACCUGACUGUCGACAUGAUACCUGAUAAGAUUGCUGUACAGUGCAAGAAAUGCUCAGAUUGUGGUUGCCAGACAUAUGCCCAGGAUUGCUGAUUGCCUGUUUUAGAUACACUAUCAACAGAAAUCAUGAUAUAAAGUCUGGCCUUCUAACAAGCAUGCCGCUGUUAGGCCCUGUCUGCCAUAUCGCUACGUUCUCGUUGACCCUUUGGACAGCCGACGAUACUUGCUGCGAACUUACCGAGGCCGACAAUGUUGGUGACGUCAAUCCGAAGAACUCUGAUAUCACGGUUGGAAAACAAUUCAACUCAAUGACCAAUUUACAAACGCUAAUAACUACAAAAUGGAUAGGGAUAUGAAAAAUAAUAAAAGAUUCGUUUUCAAAAGGUCAGAUUACAUCUUAUUAUGAAAUAAAAAUUUUGGGCUGGAGAGGCCCUUAAGGAGAAGAUAAGAAAUUUCUCGGUUGACGUAAAAUUUCGUCCUCAAAAGUGCCCGGUCUAUCUCAAACUACCCUGGAUCGGUGACAGUUCCCGACGUUUUGAAAGCCAAAUAAAACAGGCCAUUUCAAAUUGUUUCUUUGUGGUCAACCCACGUGUUGUUUAUAGUACUAAAAAGGCCCUUACGUCCAUUCAAAAGGACUGCGUUCCUGCCACACAAAAAAGUUCCGUUGUUUAUGAAUUUACGUGCCACUGUGAUUCUGGCUAUGUAGGACGCACCACCCAAAGAUUGGAGGAUAGAAUAAAACAUCAUGUUUCGACAAAUAUUAGAAACAAAACCCAUCCGCAAAGAGAACAGCCACCUCGGUCUUGCAAAUCUAAAAUUACAACUAAAACCUGUGAUUCUGCUAUCGGACAGCAUUUAUUAGAAAAACCAGAUUGUGCAAGAAACUACAAUGGCGACAUGUUUUGGAUAAUUGGUAAAGCCCGAUCGUUAUUCUACCUAGCAGUUUUGGAAUCUAUCUACAUAAGCACGAAAAAACCGCUACUGUGUAGACAAAAGGAGUUCGUUUUCACCUCUGGACUCCAUUGGUAACAUUCUCAAAAGGCAAGCGGCACUGAUUGGUCAACCUAUACAGUCAUGUGCUCGUGUUUUCUGAUUGGCCUAUUUUGAUCCACAACUGGGUAUAUAUAUUUCCCAGCGUAGAGUUUUCGAUCUAUGUUCUGACGUUUUAAACUCUGAAGAGUGUCAGACGAGAAGCUUUAGUCUACUGAAUGUUUGCUUUUUUCAAAGCCAUUUGCUUGUAAUAGUCUUUUUCUAGUGAAGUUUCUAGUGUUUGCUCUUGUAAUAGGCUUGUAAUAGUGAAGUUUGUAAUUGUAGAUUUAUAUGAAAUGAAAAUGAAAAGUUUCCAUUAUUAUUGUUAUUAUCAUCAUUAUUAUUGCUAUUAUCAUCAAAAAGGCUUCACCUCAAAAGUAUCAGGUACAUUAGAGCACACAGCAAUGAUGAGCCAUUUAAUAAAUAAAGCUCGCAUUAAGCAACGAUCUUUAGUGGUAUCUUUGCUGGAUCUUAAAAACGCAUUUGGCGAAGUUCACCACAAGCUGAUACCAGCUAUUCUUGCUUAUCAUCAUAUACCUUCGGAAAUUCAAUCAUUGAUCUCAAGCUUAUAUCUAGAUUUUCUGACCUGUAUCAUAACUGAUAAAUUCCAAAGCCCUGCAAUUCCCGUUCGCCGCGGCGUAUUGCAAGGUGACUGCCUCAGCCCCCUUCUUUUCAACCUUUGCUUCAACACGUUCAUACAAUACAUCAAAUCAGAUAAAUAUAAGCAGCUUGGUUUCUCCCCCCAUGAUGGUAAUGACCGCAUGUUUCAGCCAGUACACUGGUCUCAGUUUGCUGAUGAUGCUGCUGUUGUUACCAGUGGAGAAAGGGAGAACCAUCUCUUAUUUAACUGCCUUACCAGAUGGUGCCAAUGGACAAACUUUAUUGUCUGGGUUGACAAAUGUGUUACCUUUGGUGUCAAGAAACACUCUACGCGAUCCCUCCAAUUUCAACCGAAACUUUUAAUCUGUAACCAAAUAGUGCCUGCUGUCAAAAAAUGGCGAUUCCUUUAAGUAUCUUGGUCGUUUCUUUGAUUUUGAAAUGAGUAACCAAGAUCAUAAAUCUAAUCUCGUUUCUCUUUUCUCUACUCUUAUGAAGGAUAUUGACGACUUACCUCUCCAUCCUAAAAACAAACUGCUAUUAUACCAACGUUAUAUUCUGUCAAAAGUUUCAUGGCAUUUUACUGUUGCAGAUUUACAAAAGACCUGGGUUGUCCAAAACCUAGACAAUCUUGUUUUCAAUUACAUUCGCCAGUGGCUUGAUCUUCCUGUUUCUGCAACAUUGAGUGGAAUAAUCCUCUCAAAAAAUCAGUUUGGCCUAAAUCUACAACUGCCUUCUAUCAAAUUUACGCAAUGCCAAACUGUCUGUCGCAAUGCCCUAAAAUCUUCUCCUAAUAUUGACAUUCAAACCCUAUGGAAAAACACCAGUCAUGGCACGAACCUACAGUACGACAUCUAUCGUAAUACUAAAAAGGUAUUAAAGGCUGUCAAAACAGACAACAAAGAACGUCUCUCCCAAAACUUAACAUCUCAGGGAGCCACAAUUACCUUCCUACUGAAACAUUCACUGGAAAAGCUGAACGGUAUUUGGUCAAGUACACAGAGCAAUUUGCCUAGUAACAUCUUUAACUUUACCAUCAAGUAUCUUAACAACACUCUUCCAACUUGUAAAAAUCUGCUGAAAUGGAACCUUAGUCAAACAUCUGGUUGUGAAUUCUGUCUUCUUCCAGAAACACUUCUACAAGUUAUUGCUGGAUGCAAAGUGUACCUUGACCAAGGCCGCUAUACUUGGCGUCAUAAUUCUGCAUUAAACUUUCUAGCCACUUCCUUCCAAGCAAUAAAUGGGUCUUCUCUCUACGCAGAUUUAGCAGGCUUUCUUUCCCCUUCUAUCAUAACUGGAGAUCAAAUACGCCCUGACUUACUUCUCAAAACUAAGGAAAACUGUCUGUACGUUUUAGAGCUAACCAUAGGCUUUGAAACGAAUCUCAACUGCAAUGCUGUCAGAAAGUCAGAGAAAUAUGCCACCCUCGUAUCUGACUUAAAACGUCAGUUUAAGCCAGUCUCGUUUGUCAAUCUUUCCAUCAGUUCACUUGGUAUUUUUGGCGACUCCUGCAGCUCAUUCAUCGACAUGUGUGACUCUUUGUCCAUUGAUCAUCAACAGAAACGCUACCUCAUCUCCAAACUUACAAGCAUCUCCAUUCGCACCACAUACUAUAUAUUCUGCUGUAGAAACAAAACUUGGACUAAUCCAGAGCUACUCCCCUUUUAACAUUUUUUUUUCUUUUCUCAUUACUACGAUGUAUUAGUUUUUAUUUUGUAAACACAGGCUAGCCAGUUUAUUAUUAAUUCCGGCCAAUCACCUUAGAAUCGGUGCCCUUAAAAAUUUUCACUUCUUGCUUACGUGACUCCAUCAUCACUUACGUGAAACACAAUGGCUUCAUCGAGCUCCAAAUCAAGAAAAGGCUUCACCUCCAAAGUAUCAGGUACAUUAGAGCACACAGCAAUGAUGGGCAAUUUAAUAAAUAAAGCUCGAAUUAAGCAGUGGUCUUUAGUGAUAUCUUUGUUGGAUAUUAAAAACGCCUUUGGCGAAGUUCACCACAAGCUGAUACCAGCUAUUAUUGCUUAUCAUCACACACCUUCGGAAAUUCAGUCAUUGAUCUCAAGGCUAUAUCUAGAUUUAAAGACCUGUAUCGUAGCCGAAAAAUUCCAAACCUCUGCAAUUCCCGUUCGCCGCGGUGUAUUGCAAGGUGACUGCCUCAGCCCCCUUCUUUUCAACCUUUGCGUUAACACGUUCAAAUAAUACAGUAAAUCAGAUGAAUACAAGCAGCUUGGCUUCUCCCCACACGAUGGUAAUGACUGUAUGUUUCAGCCAGUACACUGAUUUCAGUUUGCUGAUGACGCUGCUGUUAGUCCAGCAGCCAACAGAUGAACCUUGACAUCGAGUACAUAUGGAAUUUUUUCAUAUUAUCUGAAUAUUAGGUACAAAGUGAUCACAAAACCGUUUUUUGCCAGCUCGGAACCCUUGGGCAAAUUAUUUUAUGGGGUCAUUUUGAUUUUACCCGUUUUAGCCACUUAUAACAGGGAUCAGUUCUCAAUAGUACACUAAGAAAAGCCACAUAAUAUAUCGCUUGAUUUAUUUUUUAAAGCUGAUUAGAAAGAGUGCACAGAAGUUGAUGUUAAGACUUUCGCCUAUCUUUCGCUGGUUCUACGGAUAGUUGUCGGUGUCCAAGAGAAAAGCCAAGAAAAAGAAUCCUUUUAGCGUUCAGCAAUCUCUAUUCAUCACAUAAUUCUCGUUUCUCUAGGCUUGAAUACGAAUACUACUGGUAAUUUCACAUGUUUUUAUAUGUUCCAACAAGGAAUUACCGAAAUAUGAACCAAUAACAAGCGUUCUUACAAUUUACGUAAAUUUGUCAUGUGAAUACUUAUAACAAUCACGGGUUGGAUAAUUAUUUACUGCCCUCAUUUUCACGAGGAGGAAUUUGCGUAUAAACGUUAACUAAACAAUACAUACUGCGUAAAACAGCAUUGAUUCAUUCCUGAUAGUGCAAGCAUAUAACCACUGAGGAAUCUACGUAAACAUGACUCACACGGAACCAUGCUGCAAAGCAAGGGUUACUAAAUGGAUAAGAGGGCUGGGAAAAUCCACAGUUGAUAAAAAGGUCCUCCCAAGCUACUUCAUGCUUAUUUGAUGCCCCCCUUUGACCACGCCCUUUAGCCUCUUUGAAGCUUCUUAAGAAAAAGGGGACAAAAGUUAACUUAAAGAUUUUCUAGCUAAUUAUAAACACAUCUUUUGAAAUUUUUACCACAACCACUACCCACAAUGGUCCUUUUUAAAACCAAAUGCGAUAUUCAAAGUUGGUAGAGAAAAAAUAUUUCCAACGGUUCUUAUUUGUACUUUAUAAUAAUACGAAAAACAAGAAAUGAAAAAAAUUCAGUUUAAAAAUGUUACAUAAUAGUGUUUUGUUUCUAUGGCGGCAAGAAGAUACGAGUUCGUUUCGUUCGUUGAGUGUUGAUAAUUCGUGGUGGCAGAUAAUGAGGGUCUUUUCUUUAAGGCAAAGGCUGCAUCUUUUUUUUGAGCUGCUGUAGGAUGGCUUUUUUGAGAGGAUGCGCCAGGAAAUGGAGUGAUCGAUGUUAUUGUCUUUUAGGGUCCAGAUGUAUUUACUGAGUUCUGUUGAAUAUCUUUGUUUUGUGUGAUGGAAAGAUGCGGUGUGUCUUGUCUUGAAUUCGUUUUCUGUAAGUCCGAUGUAUGUUUCUGUAGUGUCAUUGUCUCUGCGUGUGACAGUGGUCUCCACUAUUAUGUAACACCUAAAUCCCUUUAUGUACCGCCCCUAAUUCACCUUUUGUAUAACCUCACACAUUAUGUAACACCUUCUGUACCGUAUUAUCUAUUUAUUCGAGGAAUAUUCCAAUAUAUCAACAUCUCCUGAAGAGUGAGUUACCCAUGAUGAUCCUUCCCUGCAAAAUGCCGGAAAAAAUCAGCCUGAGGUAUACCUGAAGAGCCCCCGAUAGACUUACGAUUGCACGCCUUGUAGUUAUUAAACCUAAGCCUAAAAGGCGUGCAAGUGCUACCCACAUACUGUACACCACAUACUUUACAUUCCAUAAGAUACACAACAUUGGACGAAUCACAGUUAAACGGAUAAUUUAUCUUAUAUUCCUUAUCAGUUAUAUGGGAAGUAAAAGUAUCACUGUCACACAACAUUACACACUUGACAUCGAGACUUGUCACAUGGAGUACAACCCCUAUUAUGCAUGGUCCCUGCCCCCUCAUUUUAAAGUUUCGCCCUAACUAGUAAAUCUUUAAGGUUCUUGCAUCGUUUAAAUGAUAUAAAAGGUGGCUGAGGAAACACCUUCCUAUGCUCUUCCGAUAUCGUCAGCAUAGAAUGGAGUCUCCCGGCCACCUUGCCCAAAUUAUUCAAGGCUGGAUGGUAAGUGGUAACCAACGGAACCCGCCCACUCCCAUUGUGAUCUUGUUUCCCAUUAGCCUUAUCCAGUAAUGUGACCCUAUCCUGCUUACGUGCCUUAUCUAUCUGUUCUGUUAUAAGUGAUUCCUCAUACCCCCUUGCCUUUAACCAUCCGCUAGGCGAUCAUCCGAACAAAUCCUACGUAACCUUAAAGCCUGACUAUAGGGUAUCGCCUUCUUGGUAUGCCAUGGGUGACAAGACUUCUUAUGUAAAUACUGAUGCGUUUAUAUAUAUAUACGCAUCAAGCUAAGCAUGCUUUCAUUCCUGUCCUUUGAUGAGCUGACUUCCUUCCCUUAAUAACACUUAGCUAACCUUGCUGUACUUCCCAGCAUGCUGAAGAUGUACUUCUUUUGCAACUGCGAGGGCCUUUGCCUUCCCAACACCAAACAAAAUUGGGGCAGAGUCACACCAAGACAAGGCAUGCAACAUUAUCACUGAUGGAUAGAAUCUUUGUUUUUUCUACUAUCUUUCGUAUACUGAUAAAUCCCUUUUUAUCCUGACUCAUUAUCCUGAAAAUUUUCCAAAUAGACUUUCGCUGGUAACCAAAGUGUACUACAAUACAUGAAGCAAGCAGUAAAAAUCGUCCCCUUCUGCAGAAAUAACUUUGACAUCUUUCCUUCUUGAAUAGCCGCAUGUUCGUGUUAAGGGAUGAUAUGAUCUGCCUCACCAAACACGACUGCGAAUCUUUCCACUUUACUCUGACGCCAAGCUUAGUUGCUUCUUGGUUUGUGCUGUCAGAAGUGAUCAUUAUUGAUGCCUCUCUUCUUUCGUAGAGAAUCUGAUUGAAACUCCAAGAGAUGGCUUCAAUCAAAUUUUCUUUCAUUAUUGUUGAUGCCAUACACAUAUGUUUUGAGAUAACAUGGCUUGUAUAGAAAGUUUUUGAGAUCUCUUGAAAGCGCCAAUCUUACCAAGCCUUGCAUCGGAUUUAAUGAUUUUUAAAAAGUAAGGAUCAAAUAUGACCAGUUCAUCUGAUGAUCCUUAUAUUGUAUUAGGUAAUUUAAAUACAAAAAACAUUGGGCUAGAUAAACAUACUAUUGGUUCUCCUUAUAUUUGAAUUUACAUUUUCCUUCUAUUUGAAUUUACAUUUUUCCUUUUAUUUCUGUAUUCAAACUUAAAAUUGUAAUUUUGCGUUAAUCGCCAAAACUCUAAAUUGUAAGAAUGUUGGUAUUUGAUGAUUUUGAAUUUGAAUUUGAAGUUAGCAGAAAUUUCUGCCACCAACUAUCGCGUUACAAACCAUAUCGACAAGAAUAUUGUUGUGUUUGAUACAAGAAAACAUGCAAACGAUAAAACUACAAAGUUUGUAUCGAUAUAGUGGGGCCUCACAUCGAGGCCCUCUAAACAGAUGAGCCACCCUAUACCUACCCUUUCCCUCAAAUUAUUAAACUCUUCUUUUCUUAGACAUACCCAGCCCGAUCCAUCUCCAAUAAUCUUAUCCAGGUGCCCAAACACAUAUGAGGUGCCCAACACCCGUCCUCCUUCUCCCAAUCCAUUGUUCCCUUUAUUUCAAAAGCCACGCCCGGUCAAAUGUAUCCCCACUUAGUCAAUUUUAAUGCCCCUAUAUACAGAUCAGAAACUUCACACCUUCCUCUUCAUCAAACCCUCUAUCUCCAUAGCAAAAACAAAGCCAAUCGACAUAAAACAUGACCAUCUUUCUUUCUAUUAAUUUUGUUGGAGUCCGUCGGUAGCAAGUGGGGCAAGUGGAGCCAGAAAAAAUUUUGCCCAACAGAUAUAGGUUGGCAAAAAACGGAUUUUUGGUCUAUCAUACCCCAUAAUCCGUAAAAUAAGAAAAAACUUUAUAUGUAUCUGAUGUCAAGGUAUCUAUGAAAUAUCUAUGAAAUUUAAGCUUUGGCAGCCGGACUAUGUUGUUACCAGUGCAGAAAAGGAGAACCAACUCUAAUUAAACUGCUUUACUCGAUGGUGCCAAUGGGCGAACUUCAUAAUCAGGGUUGACAAAUGUGUUACCUUUGGUGUCAAGAAACACUUUACGCAAUCCCUCUAAUUUGAACCGAAACUUUUCAUCUGCAACCAAAUAGUUCCUGCUGUCAAAAAUAGCGAUUCCUUUUAGUAUCUUGGCCGUUUCUUUAAUUAUGAAAUGAGUGACCAAGAUCAUAAAUCUAAACUCGUUUCUCUUUUCUCUACUCUUUUGAAGGAUGUUGAAGAUAUACUUCACCAUCCUAAAAUGUUCUGUCUAAAGUUUCAUGGAAUUUUACUGUUGCUGAUCUACUAUGAAGACCUGGGUUGUCGAAAACCUAGACAAUCUUGUCUCCAACUACAUUCGCUAGUGGCUUGAUCUUCCUGUUUCUGCUACCUUGAGUAGAAUUAUCCUCUCAAAAAAUCAGUUUGGCCUACAUUCUGUCAAAUUUACGCAAUGCCAAACCGUCUGUCGCAAUGCCCUAAAGCUUGGUUUCCAUUAUGGGUUAACGCGAGAUAAUUCUGAGCUAAAUUGAAAAUUAACUCAUGGUCUAAAUUCAAGUUAACUUGAGAUAGUAUGAAAUAGCGUGAGAUAACGCGAGCUAUCUCAAAAUUAACCCAUGUACCGAUUCGGUUUCCACUUGAGAUAGAAUUAAGUAUUGAAAUUUCAGAAAUCACAUUUUAUUUGAGUCUUGCAGCUAUGGCGGGCGUCUUACAAGAACAACUUAUUUUACUUCUGCUUUUGAGAAUACUUAGAAGGAAAAUAUUUUUUGCUAGAAGUGCCGUUCGCGAUCUGCGCCAAGGUUUUCGGUACGGAGAGUCUACCAAAAAAAGAUAUGCGUUUGGUGAAUACGAGCACUUGCAACAGGAUCUUAGAAAUGAGAAAAUGCUUCUCUUUUUUCACAAUUAAUUUUUUUAGUAAAGAAAACUGUUUUCAACAUCUAAAGUAAUACUCAGUGCAAGUGCGUUGCGUAAAAACCUCAGUGCAAAUUAUAGCACAUUCCCCUCCCACGCAUCGGCUUCUUUUGAUAAGAUGUUAUCUCAAGCUAACUCAUGAGAUUGAAAUCAAAAAAUUUUGUUUCCAAGCUCAUGAGAUAACGUGAGUUAACACAAGUUAAUUUUCAUGAGAUAAUUUUUAAUGACCGUUUCCACUAUGAGAUAAUUUUUAAACCAUGUCAGAUCACAAAAUUAUCUCAAAUUAACUCACGUUAACUCAUAGUGGAAACCAAGCUUAAAAUCUUCUCCUAACAUUGACAUUCAAACCCUAUGGAAAAACACCAGUCAUGGAACCAACCUAAGGUACGACAUCUAUCGUAAUACUAAAGAGAUACUAGAGACUGUCAAAUCAGACAACAAAGAACGUCUCUCUCAAAGCUUACCAUCUCAGGGAGCUACAAUUACCUUCCUACUAACACAUUUACUGGAAAAGCUGAACGGGUUUUGGUCAAGUACACAGAUAAAUUCGCUUAGUAUCAUCUUCAACUUUACCAUCAAGUAUUUUAACAACACUCUUCCAACUCGUAAAAAUCUGCUGAAAAGGAACCUAAGUCAAACAUCUGACUGUGAAUUCUGUCUUCUUCUAGAAACACUUCUACAUGUUGUUGCUGGAUGCAAAGUGUACCUUGAUCAAGGCCACUAUACUUCGCGUCAUAAUUCUGCAUUAAACUUUCUAUCCACUUCCUUUCAAGCAAUAAAUGGGUCUUCUCUCUACGCAGAUUUACCAGGCUUUCUUUCUCCUUCUAACAAAACUGGAGAUCAACUACGCCCUGACUUACUUCUAAAAACUAAGGAAAACUGUCUGUACAUUUUAGAGCUAGC